AUGCCUGGGCCACCGAUCGAGAGCAGCAAAGCCUGUGGCAGGCAUGGCGCCGAGUACGUUUGCGAGUCCACGGGCAUGUUCCUGACCACCGACAAGGACACCUACGACCCCUCCAUGGAGUGCGUCUCCUGCGCCAGCUGCACCACCAGCGGCCUCGCCCCUGCCGUGCGAGUGCUGCAUGAGAAGCACCCAGGCAACAUCAUCCCGUCCUCCACGGGAGCCGCGAAGGCUGUGGCCGAGGUGAUCCCCGACGUCAAGGGAAAGCUGACCGGCAUGGCCCUUCGUGUCCCUACGAUUGAUGUCUCCGUCGUGGACCUCACUGUGGAGCUCGAGAAGGACACCACCUACGAGGAGAUUUGCGCCGAGAUGAAGAAGCGCUCCGAGGGAGACAUGAAUGGCUACCUGGGCUACACUGACGAGGUGAUCUCCACGGUGAGGCCUGCAGUGGCCUCCUUCCAGGAGGCAUCGGCCGGUACGGAUGUCCCCACUGUGGUUGAUGCCGUUUUCUUGAACAGAACUCGGCUGUUCGACACUUUGUAUGGUUGGUGUGAUUGA